AUGAGGAACAGAAGAAAAAAGAAUGGUAAGAAUAAACAAAAGGGGAAGAGAAAAAAUGAUAGGUUAGGAAAGAUUAAACGGAAAAAAGUAGUAGAUAUAAAAGAAGAGAAAGGGAAUGAUAAUGAGAAAAGAUUAGAAGUGUCCUUUUAUGGAUACCGAAAUAUAUAUUUAAAAGAUAUUCAUAAUUUUAUAGUACAUUUAAGGCUUGGAAAAUAUAUAUUUAAAAAUGAAUUAUUUGAUAUAAAGAAUAAUGAUUGUUUAAAUAAUUUAAUUAUGGUUAUUGUACCAAAUUUAUCAAAUUAUUGUGUAAAAGAUAUAUCAACAGAUAAUGUUUUUAAUAAAUUACAAAGAAAUAAUAAUUUCCGAAAAAUACAUUCAGAAAGUUGUUUAAAAAAAUAUUAUAAUAAUAUUAUAUUAAAAGCAUUAAGUGUGUCUGUUUUAAAACAGAGGAAAAAAAAUUACACACAACAAAUUUUUAAUUUAAAUAAAUAUUUAUUAACUAAAGAACAAAUGGCAUUAAAUAAAUAUCCUACUGAAAAUAUGCAUGAGUAUAUAAAUAUGAAUGAUAUAGAAUAUGUUAAAAACGACAAAAAUAUUCGUGAUAUAAAAUCUUAUUUAACAGAAACGAUGAAUUCUAUAAAUGUUCUUCAUAUGAAUAAUGACUGUUCAGUUAAGGAAUAUAAAAAGAAAAAAAUAAAUAUGUCAAAGUUUAUGAAUAAUAUAAAUAAUGAUCAAUAUAAUUUUAGUAAUAUGGAAUGUAACAAUGAAAAUCAUAUUAAUAAUGGGACUAUAGAAAAUGAACAAAAUAAUUUCGAAAAGCAAAAUAUAUUUACACAAGAACACAUUCAAAUAUAUGCAGACAUUUUGGAAAAAUUAAUAAAAGCAUCCCAUACGAAAAAAAACGAGAACAAUACAACUACAGAUAGUAAUAUAGCGAAUAUGGCAUCUUCAAAAAAACAUAUAUCAUCAGAACAUGUAAAUAAUGAAAAUGAUGAAAAUGGUGAAGAUGAUGAAAAUGGUGAAGAUGAUGAAAAUGAUGAAAAUGGUGAAGAUGAUGAAAAUGGUGAAAAUAAUGAAAAAGAUAAAAAAAGAAAAAAGAAAAAGAAUGAACAAAAUGAUGAUAGUUUGAAUCAUUUAAAUUUAGGUAAUCUAGUAAGUCACAAAAUAAAUGAAAUGUACAAUGAAAAUAGAAAUAUGGAUGAGAAAAUAGAAGUAAAUAACAAUAAUGAUAAUCAUAAUGAUAAUCAUAAUGAUAAUCAUAAUAAUGAUAUGGGGUUUCAUGGUGAAAAUAUGCAUAAAUGUAAUGAUAUAAAAAAAAUUAUUGAUGAAAAUAACUCGUGCAAUGAAGAGAAUUUAAUAGAUGUAACCAAUUAUGGAGAAUUCGAUUUAGAUAAUAUAUACAGUAUAGAUUGUGAAAUGUGUGAAACAACCAAUCAUCAAAGGGAAUUAACCAAAAUUACAGUAGUAGACGCUUAUAUGAAUAUUAUAUAUGAUUCUUAUGUUAUUCCUGAUAAUAAAAUUACAAAUUAUUUAACUUUAUAUUCAGGAAUUAAUGAAAGUACAUUAGAAAAUGUAACUACGAAAUUAAAAGAUGUACAAGAACAUUUAAAAAAAUUUCUUAAUAAAAAAUCUAUACUUAUAGGACAUUCUUUAGAAAAUGAUUUACAUGCUCUAAAAAUAGCUCAUAAUUAUGUUAUUGACACAUCAAUUAUAUAUUGUAAUUCAGGUUACUAUCCUAAACCAUCUUUAUUUCAACUUUCAAAGAAACACUUGAAUAUUAUUAUGAAGAGAGAAAAUGGCCAUAAUUCCAUAGACGACGCAAAAAUUAGUAUGUUCCUGGCACUUAAAAAG